AUGUUGCCGAUAAUACCGACAAGUGACCGCAGCUUGAGCAAAAUCCUGCAAGAAAGCUUUGGAUGGUGCUGGCCACCAUUUAUCUACCCUCAAGAGCCUUCCGAUUCGUGUCUGGCGGUCUUACCCCCUCUCGUCCUUCGACACUUCAGACGAUUGAAUCCGGGCACUCAGCAGCAGCUAUUGCGGUUCAAAGACGAUAGACGGAACGUGGCAAAUAUUGAGGAAUUGGAAGAGUGCUACAGAAGAACUUGGACGAUCAGACGGAUAUUUCUGGAAACGAUCGAUAAACUUUACUUGAAUGAAUCUCUCGAGACCUGGUCUCCCCAAUUCUGGACGGACGAUAACUUGAGCGAGUUGUCUUGGUUAAGGCUCAUGGAUCUGUUGAUGAUGAAGGAGAAGAAAGAACCCCAAGAACCCGACAGAAAAGCAGAUUAUCCGGUCCACAUCAACUUCACACCCUGUCACCCGCUGCAACCCAACCGACCCAUCUCGACGCAUCGCCAAGUCCAGGUUGAAUCGAUCAAACACAUCAAUAUGUCGGACGAUUCGCCGCGUUAUUGGACCAUAGGCUUCCAGGACACGAUCCCCAAGAAUCCGAGAUUCCAUGACCUCUGCUUGAAAAGAACCCAUCCGUUCCCUAACAUCAUGAUCUCAAAUCACCUUGACAGAUUAGGCCACAUCUGGAUCGAUAAAUUACGCGACGAAGAUGAGCAAACUGAUCCCCCGGCCAAGAAGUGCAGGGUUUUAUUUCAAAAGACUUGCUCGGAUGGAGAUCUCGGUUUGUUUCUGUGGCCCCAGUUUAAUCUCAAGAGGAUCGGGAAGACUCUUCCGGGGAAACUGGCGAACUUCCUAACGACAGAUACGCCCAAAAUACCAAUUUAUCAGGGCGGGAUUGUUGAACUUUGCGAUCAAGAUCGGCUAAUAUUAUUUACCACGCAAUAUCGAUCUCAUAGAGUAUUCAUCGACCUACAAAUCGCAAUUGAAUUCUGCUGGGCUAGUGAGGUUGACCAGGUCGAGGCACGAGCAGACUUCCCAGAAAAAAAUACCAAAAAAAAAAGUGUAGCUCCGGAAAAACGUUCUUUGUGGAUCGAUAAUCUCUUACAGUGGCCGAAUCCAAGUGAACGCCAUUCACAUUAUGUCAAAGCCCCGAACUCAUACCCCGAAUUCGAUAUAGACGACGAAGAGCAAGACGGGAUCGUAAUAAGCCAGACGGACGAGCAAGAGUCCCGAGAACAGAUAGCUAUAACCAAAGUCAAGGAUCAAUCGAAUCCGAUGGAUGCCGAUCAAGACACUUCAAGCGAUGAAUGUUUGUUCAUGCCCGAAGAAAGAGCAAACAGUCUCACCGAGUGCAACGAUAAAGAUGAGAGCAUACCAAUCUCAGGUACAUGUUGCCCACUAGAAUGCCCUGCUCAAAUCAACUGCUUAGGCACAGAUUCAUCAGAAAACCCGAUCCUCCGUGACUCCGAUUCGGUGUCCUCCCCUCGUAGAAUAAAAGUUCUAGGAGAAAAGCAUCAUCAUCAAGAUCCCCAAGCCAUCCCACUGUCUGACAAAAAAGACCAUCCGGGAAAGCCAUUGCCCCGACGAUCAAAACCGGCCUCGAGACACGGAAAAGAGAACGAUUCAACUCAAAAAGAAGCCCGGAAAGUGAAUGCCAAAGGGAAAUCUUCGAGUGGUAAUAGCAAUAAGUCUGCCAAAAGGAAGUCUCCUAGAUUAAUUGAAAUGGCACACUCCAAUCAGCCAACAACCUCCAAAAGAAAACGAAUUUGA